AUGGCGAACUCGACUCUUCCUCCGCCGCAGUCGCCGGAGCGUUCCUUGACUUCGAACAAUAGACCUAUACCGAUUAACCGUGCCAAUACUGCCCCGGACAAGAUGUCAACGAAUGGCCAUUUUGCGUCGGCCGGCCAAAAUGGGCACGCCGAUUUUGAAAAUGGUGUCCAAGUCGUGGAUGAGGACAAGCAGUUCAAUCCGGAUCUAGCCAAGUAUCUCCAAUACACUGGCGUGUCUCACGCGGGAUUCAAUUAUCACCUCAUUUCCGUUUUCGGUUCGCAGUCAACUGGCAAAUCCACCCUCCUGAAUGCCCUCUUCGAGACCGACUUCUCCGUGAUGGCCGAAGCAGAACGGCGGCAGACGACAAAAGGAAUAUGGUUAGCGAAGAACAAGUCCUCGGCGACAGAGAUGGCUGAUAAUAUCCUGGUCAUGGAUGUCGAAGGUACAGACGGCCGGGAACGUGGGGAAGACCAGGACUUCGAGCGAAAAAGCUCUCUGUUUGCUUUGGCAACCAGCGAAGUCUUGAUGGUCAACAUCUGGGAGCAUCAGGUCGGCUUAUACCAGGGCGCCAACAUGGGGUUGCUCAAGACCGUCUUCGAGGUCAACUUACAAUUAUUCCUCAAGGACAAGAAGUCGACCUCGCGGAGUCUGUUGUACUUUGUUAUUCGAGAUUUCCUUGGGACUACACCCCUCCAGAACCUACGAAAUACGUUGAUGCAAGAUAUGGGCAGGAUAUGGACCAGUUUGUCCAAGCCACCAGGUCUGGAGAAUAGCAGCAUCGAUGACUAUUUCGACUUUGCCUUUACUGCCCUGCCACACAAACUGUACCAACCAGAACAGUUCAAGGCCGAGGUCGCGAAAAUGUCAACUAGGUUCAGGGACGGCCAGCGCGACCGCAGACGAGACGCAUUAUUGGGAGAGUUCGAGGGCGGUAUAUUCCUUCCGGAAUAUCACCGAAGGAUUCCUGCGGAUGGCUUUUCGCAUUAUGCUGAAGGCAUUUGGGAUCAGAUUGUGAACAACAAGGAUCUUGAUCUUCCGACCCAACAGGAACUCCUCGCACAGUUCCGCUGUGACGAGAUUAUGAGGGAGGUAAUGAUCGCUUUCGACGAGGCUAUCACCCCUUUCGAAACACAACAAGCAGAUGCGGCGCGGUCAGGGAGACCUGAGGUCAUCGCUGGGCUGGGAGCUGCCAUGAAGGAGGCAAGAGCCAGCACGAUCAAGGAUUUCGAAACCGAAGCCGGCAGAUACCACAAGGGCGUGUACCAGAGGAAGCGAACCGAGCUUGAGAGCAAGAUCGAUACGAGACUCAAGGUCCUUUUCACUGGGCAACUGUCCGCCGCACACAAAGACGGCGUCCAGCACUUUUCGGACGCUGUGAGUGGCGCUGUCAAGGCUGGGCAAAAGAAGGGAGCAUCCUAUGAUUUUGCCGAGAUCGUCAAAGAGCAGAAGAAGAUCGCCAUCGACAAAUUUGAGUCGGACGGAAAGGAGGCUACAAUCGAAGGCUUGCCCUGGUCCAACUACAAGCAGGAAUUAGCACUGUAUCAAAAAGAACUGGACAAGAUCUCGGGUCAACUACGGCGCGACGAGAUGCGGCGAUUAGCCACGCGGGUUGAGCGAUGGGUCCGAAGUAAGCUCAAUGAUAGCGUCGGCCUUGAAUUUAACGCUCUUGGCUCGGGCCGGGGCGGCUCGGGUGCGCCUGAGCAGGGGGACAAACUCACGGAAAUGGGUAUCUGGGACCGCAUCUGGUCUCUCUUUGUCAACACCGUGCAGGAGGCUGAGAAGCGCUUUGCCGACCGAGCUGCUUCCUUCGACGCUAGUGCCGAAGAAGUUGAGGUGGGCAUCUGGCGGCUGAGGAGGAAAUCGUGGGCCGUCCUGCGGUCCAAGAUUGACGAGGAAAUGAUGGAAGGUAAUCUCUUACUCAAGCUUCGCGAAAAUUUCGAGGACAAAUUCAGAUACGACGAAGCCGGUGUUCCUCGGAUAUGGCGGCCGACCGAUGAUAUCGAGGGAAUCUACACCAAAGCGCGAGAAAGCACAUUAACCCUGAUUCCUCUUCUGGCCCGCUUCCGACACUCGGAGACAGGAGCACCUCCGCCCCUGGACCGGUGGAUCGGCCGGACUCCUGCAGCUGCCACCCCAGCCGACGAAGAAGACCUCACACCCAUUGGAGGUGUCGAUGAGGAGGAAGGAAAAAGCCUGGAAGAGGAGACCAUGAUCCUUAACGAAGCCAAGCGGCAGGACCUGACUGUCAGGUUCAAGAAAGCGGCCGACGGGGUGUACGUCGAAGCCAAGCGUAGUGCGAUCGGUGGCAUGACUCAAGUACCCUUGUACUUUUACGGCUUGCUACUGGCGCUAGGGUGGAAUGAGAUAGUUGCUGUGCUUAGGAAUCCCGUCUAUUUCAUAUUCCUCAUCCUUGUUGCCAUUGGAGCAUACGUCACAUAUACACUCAACCUCUGGGGGCCCAUGUUGAAGAUGGCAAAUGCAGCAUCGCAGCAAGCGUUGGAGGAGGGAAAGAAGAGACUCAGGGAGUUCUUGGAGGAGAAUCCCCGUGCAGCCCAUGCGGUGGCUGUGUCGACCGGUCACGAAGAAUUUGAGAUGAAGAACUUGAAGUCUUCGUCGAGACAGAAGUUCAAGACGGAUGGCGCUGAUGAUGAGGAGGAUGACGAGAUAUAA